UUUCUUAAUACUAUAAACUUAUUUGAAAGCCAUACCUGGUAUAGUUUUUACAUUAUGUUAAAUCAAACACCGAUACUUUUUUUUGAGACACCUGGUAUAUAUAUAUAAAUACGUAGAAAUAUUCAUUAAUUAAUAUCAAUAUCUUAUUAUCUGUUUGAUAUGAUCUACUGUCUAAUUCAAUGUCGGUGACACUGCCAUUUACAAUUCAUUUCAUUCAAUUUAUUAAUUAUAAUGGACAGUUAUUGUGCCGAAGUGGCCGAGGGAAUAUAUUACUCCAAAAUCUCAGAAAUAAAAAUAAUAAUUCCACAAAAAUCCUGUCAAGAUUUGUCGAAAAUUCCCACAAAAACCCCUAAAAUUUCUUAAUAAAGUCCCUGGAAAUCCCAUAAUCUCUACCAAAAUUGGCAAAAUCCUCAUAAUCCCAGAAAUCGCAUCAUUCCCGAAAAUCAAGUCUUUUUUGACUUGAUUAAAAUCCACGGAAAAUUUUGCAGGGAUUUUAAAGUUCCAGAAAUACCGUACACUUUUUUCAGAGUAUUGAUAUACAUGUACUUCUCGAAGAGCGUGCUUUACUAGAAUAAUUUGAAUAAUUUUGAAGUGCAAUUUCUUUGCCAUGACGGAAAUUACUUGUCUUGUGUUUUGGUAUUGAAAAAUGUAAUCCAUAAGGCACUAUUUUUGUCUCACGCUGUAAUCUGUACUUAAUGAUUAUUAUAAAGUGUUAGUGACCCUAGCCAGAUGUGCCUUCAUGUUUCGACAGUCAUGAUGUCACUUAUUCAUUAUAUUUAUCCCUUUUAUUGCGAAACUAAAGUCACGAAAAUAACAGGAAGACCACUUAAGUAGCUUUAUUUAUGUUCUCGAAGCCGUCAUAAGAUUUUCUGCCGCCAUAAGAUGAGAUUUUCUGCCUUGAUAAACACGAAUUAAUAAUCCAUGUUCAUUUAUAUUCGGGUGGUCUUCUGUAUAUCAAGAAUUACCAAGGCAACAUGAACGAUGGGUUAUGAAAGGUCAUGAUACAUAUGUGAUAUAAUUUAGGUAGAGAUGACCAGCCAAAUUCUGUUGCUGUUAUCCUAAUAUGUUUAUAAAGUUAUACGUACUGUAUGUUUUCAUGAAUAUGUUCAUCUGAAAUAAGUAUGAUUACCAGUUCGUACAGUACAAAAACUAUUGAGAGCACAUCAUCAUUAACCAAAUACAGCGUGUUUUUGUUAAAGAUAUAAUCUGAUUGAUUUGCAAUAGCUUCAACAUAAACAGUAUUCCGACAGUUUUACCACCAGAAAGACGUUUUAUCAUGCUGUUCAUUUGACGGUGUGGCAAAAGAUGGCAAACUCUUCUUAGCUUCACAUCUUCAUAUAAAUAUCUUCCAUGAAAUAUUAAUUAAAAGUAACGUACCUAAGUUGCUUUAAUAUAUAUGUAUAUAUAGAUGAAACCACAGAUUAAAAAAAAAUAGUUAUAAAAGUUUCAGAGUAUACUGUAUUGUUAAGAGUAAAAAUAAAGAUAAAAGAUUGUAGACUACAGCAUUUAAUCACAUCUUAGGUAAUUUCUUGGAAAUACUGUAUCAUCAGCUAUAUUCCUAUAUAAGAUUUUAUAUAUGGAACAUUCCAUUGAUUCGUGAUGAUGAACAAAUUAUGUAAAGCAAUAAAGCGUACUCUUUCUUAUAAAAAGUUGAUAUUUGGAAUGGACUAGAAUCAAGCUUUAAAAAGGUCUAAAAACUUACACCCUGUAAUAUCUUUUAAAAUUAGGAUAAAAUUUUUACAAAUAAUUCAAAUAAUGAGUAAAUUAUACAAUGUAAUUCUUUACACUGUUUAUAGAUUUUCUAAUUUUUCUCUCUUUUCUUUAAUUUACAAUACUCAUUUAAUAUACUUUACGUUUGGUUGAGUCUAAAUAUAAACAACUACUUACAUCGAUGCAAGGAGUCUUGUAUAAAAGCCUGCUAAGCCUGGUCUAUACAGUAUGUCCGUAAUGUCCCUAGCCAUAUUAUUAAGUACACGCCGCCAUCUUGCCAAGAAUAUAAACAAUACCAUGAACCAUUACCCUAUCGAGUAUUAUUCCUACUGGGGCGAGGCAAUAGUUUUAUCAUUGUAUUUGCCCCAUUUCGCAAGAUAGUUGGUUUAUUUCGUAAAUAAAUAGUUGUUGUUGUUGAGUGCUUGCAUAUGUCUAUCAGCCGAACGCGUCAAGUGUAUUUCAUUGUAUGUUUGCAACCCCUCUGGCACGAAUCUUAUCACAAAGUGAACAAAUGUAAUCAAUACAAGCACGCGUCGCUCUCUUGCCGAGAUAAAUUGAACAGUCAGUCACUUUGGAACAAGAUAUUGUUUGAAUUUUCUAAAGAUUUCAUAAUUUCAGCUUCAUAGAACAUGUUUAUAACCUUCUCAGUUCAUUUCGUAUUGACGUUCAUGGCAUUACCCAAUAACCAAAUUCUUUCGCUCUAGAUUUGAUGUAAGAUGACAUAUUUCAACAUUUUUUAAUAUAUCAAGAUUUUGUAUUCUCAUAUUCCACCAAUAAUUGAUAGCUGAGACCUCACACCUUGAAUCACUCUUAAUACAAUUCUUAAAUCAUUUGCCAGAAUUGUUCAUUCUCGAAAUAACUUUACAACAUAUUCACGAAAUUUAGGAAAUGCUUGCGGCAAGUCAUAUAGAAGAUGUUAUCUUAGAUUUAACAAAACAAUAAAUAUGUUUUACGCAACGUAUGUCAUUGCUCAUAAUUCACUAGUCAAGUAUUGUCUGAGAACGCCCCUGCAAGUCCGCCAGUAAGCCCUGCAAGUCCGCCAAUAACAUCGAUAAUAUAUUCGAGUUGUAUUCAAGUCACCUCUCCAGUCUCUACAAACUCGUCUUUUCUAUGUCUGUUGCAUUUAUCGCCCCUCCUACCGAGUCAGACCACAGACUGAUCUCGUCGAUUAUAUACAUUGUCUUUACUUUCUGUUAUCACUUUCUAUAACGCAUGUCAGAGGUCAGUACCCGAAGGUGUGGCAAUGGUUGAGGAAACAGGAAUAUAUUACAACUUGGACCAUAUAUUCAAUUUCGUGAAAUCCACAGGGUUACGACCGAUACGCUGAUAUGAGAUAAAAAUUGUCAUUAUUCGUAAGAUCACUUUACAAUCUCAAUGAAGAUUUUUAUUGCGACAGUUGCGUCUAGCAAGCACGACUGAUUUGAUUCCGGGCUAAUAGAUUCUUCUCAUUUUAAGCAUUACAAAUUUACAGUCUGGCAAUAAUAUACAGUAGAGUUUUCAAUCUACAAAUAUGCGCAGUUGAAAACUAAAAUAAAUUGUUGCUAGCCUAGGAACAACGACUGAUUUCAACGACAGGACAGAAAUGGUUAAUACCCAUGCAAUAAUACUCCCAUUAAUUUAUUCCACUACAUUUUCAGUUUUAUAUUUAUUUGCUAUGAAAUAACUAUAUACAGUACAAUACAUAUACAUAUGAUGAAAACGUUUUUCACUCCGACCAACUAUACUGACCACCAUCAUGCAGGGUAGACAAUCUGGAACAGCCGUCGCCAGUGUAGAUACAGUAGCAAUCGUCUGUUCAAGCAGGAAAACUUCCUCGAAUGAACGUCGAUGUUCUGUUUAUAUUUUUAUAUAAAGAUUGCUGCAAGUUAGUGAAACCUAUCUAUUGCUCAAUUUUAACCUUGUUGUGAUAUAUUUUAUUUGUUUUGUGUAGUAAAUGUGAACGUUACGCUGGCAUACUAUGUUCAAAGUUCGUUGGCAACCAGUCUGUGUAUGUGAAACCACUUCAAGCACAAGUUCAGAAAGAAAUGCAGAUGAAAAUGAUGUUUAAUUACCUCCCGCAUUACAUUUCAAAUCAAUGUCGACCAUAUGCUUUACAGGCACUUUGUCUAACAUCGUUUCCUCUCUGUGAUCUGACCGUGAACUAUCCAAAACCUCGCACGUUCUGUCAAGAUGACUGCUGGGCGUUAGAGCAAUAUAUCUGUGUAAACGAGUUCAAUGCUCAAACUCCAUUCAUGACACCAUUUGUUACUCCAUGUUCAAAAUUACCCAGUGUUGGUUCUGCUGAAUACAAGAAAUGUAUUAGGCUCAAUUUAACCAGUAAGUUUAGUCGUAGUUUAGUGGAUUACUGUACAUCUUGAUUGUUGCUCUAUAUAUGUUAUCCAACUAUUAAUUUUGGGGCAUUACUGGUUUUUGAUUAUACUUUUUUUUACAAAAUUUGAAUGUACAGUUAUACAAUCCCAGUCACAGCAUCUCACACUUUUGAAACCAGCACUCUCCCCCAGCUAGACGUUGAGUUUAUUUUCAUGACAAAUUACCGAAAGUUGUUUUGAACAUUGAACUGUAUGGAGGGGUUAUUAACAUUACACUGCGUGGAGAGGAAGUUAUGAAGACUGACUUGUCAAUGUUCAUCAACUUUCAAUAUUUCGAACGACAAUCGUAACCAUUUUGUCCAAAUUUAUUAUAUACUCUUGUUUCAACUUUUAAUAUAUUUGUAAUACUUUGACCUGCACUCUUCUGGAUAAAGUAAUAAUGAGCGAAUAUUCAAUUUAUCAUCGAAUCACUUAGAUACAGCAAGUGAUUUUUAUCAGUUAUACAGUAAACCUGGAACGAAAGUAUAUUCACUCACAUCAUACUCGUGUGAUACAGAUCUAGUCUAGGGAUUUGUGGAAGGAAAUUUCGUGUGUGAAUUUUAUAUAUUUAUUAGAUCUAUAGCUAACCAGGAGCAGUUGCAAAAAAUGCUAACCGCUUUUUUCAAUUUUAGUUAACAAACCUGAAUUUAAACUUGGAUUGAAGAACAAAACAGUUAGAGCUGGUGAAACAGUUGUUUUAAAAUGCAAACUAAAGACAACAAAACUACCUCCAACUAUAACUUGGUUUAAAGAUGGAACAGUUAUUCCACAUGGACAUACAUUUUAUAAAAUCCACUUGUUCCGCGACAGUGCACGGCUGAAAAUUCGACGUAUCAGAGUGGAAGACUCGGGAAAAUUUACAUGUCAUGCUUCCAAGUUUAUUACAAAUAUUUCCACUCACAGUUGGCUUACUGUUCUACCAUCACGUAAGAAACCAUCACGUAUAAGAAACCUACACAAAAACGUUGUUUUGCAAUGUUUGUGCUAGGAUUGGAUAAAAGUUUUUUCAAAAAUUAAAUCUUAUUUCUUAGAUUACUAUAAGAUUUUUUACAAUAUAAGAAUAUUUUCUAAGUUGAACUAAACUUCGAUGAGGUCGUAUUACGACGUCAUAUAUUUUUUAUAUAACGUCCCAAAAUGAGGUCAUCAAGUAAAGUUUACAUAAUACACACAUUGUAUAUACAGUAAACAACUUCUUUUCCACAAUGAGUACAUGGACUAUAGCUAGGCACGAGGAUGUUUUGUUUACAAAAAAUUAAUGGUUAAUUUACAACUUAAGUAGAAUAUUUAAUGAAAUGAUAUUAAUAAGACAUAAGAAGUUUUUUGCUAAAAAAACUUAUAUAAUUUAAGAAGAUAUGCGAAAAACGAAUAUAAGAAAUGGUUUCAGGUAUAGCUGCCUUACUGUUAACAGUGGAACAAGCACGAUGUGCAACGUUAUCAGAGUUGCCUCUUACAGGAGCAGAUAACUAGUUGAACUAAACAACUUGUUCGCCAUCAAGACUACUUUUAUUAGUCCUGUCGCACGUAGUUAUUAGUGAUAUCGACCAAGUUAUAUUUUUGUUCUUGAACCUAAUUUUUUUGUUUGUCAUUUCAGAAUGUCCCAUGACUGGCAGCAAUAAGUCCAGGUAAGUUUUCACUUUCAAUAAUCUGAGAAACAGUUGCUUAGUAGAAGUCUUUGGCAAUAUAUUGCAAAUAUACAAUUUUCUCCCUUUUGAACUGUCUUGAGUGAUAAAUCAAAACCAAACUAAUGACCUGACAUACAGCCACCUCAUGGUAUAAUUUCGUUUUCGGGAGCUGUUUAAUGACGGGAAGGAGGGGCGGAACUGUGGAAGAUAUUUUACGACUCUUGAUAACUUUUUCGCGGCGCCACUUCUACUACGAAUAAUUUUUCAUGGCCCACCCCCAAGGUUAAUGUUUAUUUUCAUAGCCCCUACCCACACACGAAGUAUCUGUAUGUUGGCUAUGUGUAUGUCAUUGCAUUAUGCUUACUAAUGACUAGGUCUGGGAUACAGCCUUAAAUGCAUUCGAAACAACUUACAAUACUUAUAGUUGAAGUUUAUUUGACAAGCUAGUGAAUUGCUGUUUAUUCUUAUUUUUGGUAUCACUACCGUACAACAUGUAUAUCCUGUUUGGACGAAUAAGCGUGAUGUUUCCUUAAACAAGACAAAAAGCGCUUUUUAGUUGGUCAAAGAGGCAAUACUCUGGAAUAAAUCAGAAGGGAAUCAGAAGGGAUAAAAGUUGAUGUACUGUCACUUUUUGUUCUGUAGUUGUUGUGGCCAUCUUGAUUCAAGUGCAGUAUGUGGGGCAUAUUUGCAAGAUAAGAAAGUUUACUUCCAUGAUUCCAAGAAACAACACCAACAUGAACGUAUCAUUUACAGCGCCCUGUCACGGUCCAAUUUAUCCACAGAUUGUUACAAACUAGCGACUGCUGCUCUAUGUUAUCACAUGUUCCCGUCGUGUAACAGGCGGCACGCCAUGAAACACAGGCUGUGUAGAGAAGAUUGUCUGCGAGUGAGGAACAAAGUCUGCAAGAAUCAACUUCCUGAUAUUUUCCCUGUUUGUACAGACUUGCCACAAAGCAAGAGUAGGAAAGGAAGACGUUGUGACAACCUUGACAACGGAGGUAAGUUGCUUAUAUUUAUCCAACUGAAAAGAGUUGACAAUGAAACAGGACAUAUAAUAUGGGGACGUAACAAUGGCGUAGCGCUCAUUGGGUAGGGUUAGUUCAAAAACUAAGGGCCCCGACAGUUAGAGGCCCCACAUCACCCACGCCCUAACGCCCAGAAAAUUAGAAAAUGUAAAAAAUGUAGAAUCAAUGGGAAAAUGCAAAAUUAAUAUAAAUGCUAAAUAAUAAAGCCUCCAUCGACAACGGUAGCUGAUUUUUUAAUUCCAUCUCAAAUAAAACAAAUGUUAUUCUUAUUAGUUGUUACAUGUGUUGGAGACUGUUAUUGUUAUAGACAUGGAAUUUUCCAGAACAUUUUAUAAAUAUUCAAUAUAAAUAUAAUAUCUCAGUCAAACAAUGACAACAGGGGCCCCCACACCAAAUAUGCCUAAGGCCCCCUGUUCCUCCGUCACGCUACUGGAACGUAAGAUACUGUAUGGAAAACUGUAAAAGGCCCAGAAUAUGACUUUCCGACAAGACAGAACAAUAAAGAAUAAAAUUUAUGUGAUAACGUUUCAUUGUUUGCUCUGAAGUGUUGUCAUGUGUAUACAACGAAACGUGAGCAAAUAAAUUUUAUUCAGUCUGUAUUGUUAUGUCUUGUUUGAAAGUCAUAUAUGCUGAGCUUUAGGGUCAAUUCAAAAUUAGAAUGAAUCUCCUUUGGCGAUACAAUUGUACUGUAGUUACUCUUAACGUGAUACCUGAGAACAUCGUUUGGAGUCAUUCUUUCAAGAAACUUAUUAUGACUAAAAAUUUUAAUUGUUUUUGAGCUCAUCCAGAUCGUUUUACAUAAAGCCAAUAGUUUUAUUUUGUCUGAUGUUUUGGUUUUUCAAAGAUUGUCAGUUCGUUUAUAAAGUGUAUUAGAAUUACUAAAAGUUGCUAUUUAAAAAUUCCGUGUUCUACCAUCCCACGCGUUCUCGGAAUACACGCUUCCGGAAAGUAAGUACGUUACUUUGGCUAUAGAGCCUCGUUUUCGUGAUUGAGACGUGGCCUUCAACUGAUGUCAGAUACACGAAAACGAGGCUCUAUAGCCAAAGUGACGUACUUUCCGGAAGCGUGUAUUUGUUUCUUCUUUUGUCGGCAAUUUUACCCAAAUCUUAUAAAAUCUUAUUAUGAUCUGAGCCAAGGGAGAACCAAGUGGAAGUCCCCCAUCCUUUUAACCAGGAAAACUGCUGUAUUAUUAAUUUAUUAUUAUUAUAUUCAGUUGUAGGGAUUGUUGGGCGAACUAAUCCAACGUAAGUAAUGCUCAAAGAUAUCAAAAUAUGCAGUAUAGCUUACGUGAUAACAAAACACGUUUGUAACAUCUGUAGACCUGAUUAGAUAUUAGAUGACUAUUGGAUGAUCAUGUCCAAAAUUGCGUAAAUGACAACAUAAAAUGAUCGUGUUUUGUGAUUGGCUUUACAAAACAAUAGUGAUCAACGUUUAUGACUCGUUCUUUAGAAAGAUUAUUUCUAUAGUUCAUUGUCUUUUAUUGCUAUGAUCAACCAAUCACAAAGCCCGAUUAUAUAGGUUGAUGGCAACCUCCAAAACGUCCAAAUCACUUCCAAGUAGCGAUAAUCAUUUCAAAAUUUCCCAGAUCAUCACUACAUUAUUUCUUUUCACAAGGUGCGGAAAGUACAAAGGAAAUGGCUUCUGUGGUAAAUAUGUUCAAAACGAAAACAUUUAUUUUUACAACAUGCCAUAUCAGUAUCAACUGGAACAAACAAUCUCCGUGAGUUUGAAAGGAAUUUCGAUUUCCGAGAAAUGUUCAAGAUAUGGAAUUCCCGCCAUGUGUUAUCACUUGUUUCCAGUCUGCUCGCACGGUAAGAAAAGAUCACGGCUGUGUCAAGGCGAAUGCACAAAACUGAAGACUGACAUAUGUCGGAGUGAAGUGUCGUUGAUGAAGAAGGUUAACGAAGAUUAUGUGAACGCGUUGUUUCCAGAAUGUCCAAAUCUACCACGCGUUGACACAGAGGAGGGGGCCCAUUGUGUUGGACUAGCGAUACCGAGGAAACUUGUGGAACCUGUUCCCUCAAAAAACACAACUUUCUACAGUGAGUAUCAUUAUUUUAAUUUUUAUUACAAUUAUUUUCAUUUUUUAAUAUACUUGACAGGAAUAGUCAGGCAGAUAGAGGAUCAAAAUUAUGGAAAACUUACCAUAACGUGGGACAAUUCCAUUUUGCCUUCGCAUUGUGCGCUGAAGGCUAGUAAGUAGGCUACGUUUCUGUAUGUUGGCCGCGUUAAAAUUUCUUGUGGGCUCCUGCCGACACGUUUUUCUUCGAAUUUUGUAUUAAACUCUAUUACAGUUACAAAAUGUGAAAUUUCUGAUACAUUUCUAAUACAAAUGACUUGCAUCAAUAGAAAGCUAACAAAAAACUACAUAUAAGACAUUUAAAUGUUUAGUUUUUAGUUAGGGAUUUUCAAGCGGUUCUCGAAUUAUUGCUGUUUCAAAUGUGAAAAAUAAGCGAAAAUCUUGCAAAAAUCCUGGGUACUAGUCUGAAAACACGCUUUCAACAGCUCAUAACUCAAGAAGAACUUGAAAAACCCUGGUAACUGUUUAAAUGUCUUAUAUGUAGUUUUGUGAAGCUUUCAAACGAUGUAAGUAAUUUGUGUUAGAAAUGUAUUUGAAAUUUCACAUUUUUUAACUGUAAUAGAGAUUAAAAAUGAAUACAAAAUUCGAAGAAAAACGUGUCGGCAGGAGCCCACAAGAAAUUUUAACGCGGCCAACAUACAGAAACGUACUUACUAGCCUUCAGGGCACAAUAUGAAGGCAAAAUGGAAUUGUCCCACGUUAUGGUAAGUUUUUUCCUUCUAUCUGCCUGACUAGAAGCUUUAUGCGUGUAUGCUCUUAUCAGAGAGCACUGGUUAGUUAUCAUUAUUCCUAUAGAGUUCCAUUAUUUGUUUAUUUGGAAACCAAGUUGACCAGCUUGGGUUCUGAGGCAAACAAGUUGGCUGCUGGUCAAGAGUUUACCAUAUAAACGAAAUUACUACGAAUGUCUACAAACACAAUCUUAAUUGGUGUCCCAAUUAAGUAAGAAUACAGGUCACAAUCUACAUGUAAAUGUGAUAAAAGUAAAGGAAAGACCUUGAAAAUUGGCAUGCACAUGUCCUUGAAGGUCCUCAGCUGUGCUGACUUGAACUUUAUUUAGACUACUGAUCUUGAGCAAAUAGUAUUGUUUCAAAAAGCAAAAUCUGUGCCAUCUUUAAAUAUUUUUCCAGUUUUAUUAGGCCCUUGAAUUUACUAAAAAAUAUCCUUGAAAGUCCUGGAAAAGUCAUUGAAUUUCAUCUUCACUAAAGGGUGGCAACCCUGAUCAUCUCUGUAGGUUAUAAUAUGUCAAAAACGUUUCAAUAUUUCCUUCUGUAGAUCCAAGUCAUAACUGUUAUAAUAAUUCUGGUGCAGACUACCUCGGUAUGGUAAAUGUCACUGUCUUUCGUAAUGUUUGUAUCAGUUGGAGCAUCCAUCGUCCAAGUACUGGAUGGAAACACAAUUUCUGUCGCAAUCCUGAUAACGAUGCACACUCUCCUUGGUGUUAUGUCAGUGUGAAAGGAAGGAGGGAAUAUUGUGCCGUGAAAAAAUGUGAAUUUCUCACUAAAGGUAAAGAGAAUUCAAUUUGCCCAUUGUAUUGGCGCCAAAAAUCGUGUAGAGGGUAAGAUACAGUGUUCAGGUAACUUCUAAUCUCAAAGCCUCCACUGAUUUAUUUUUGAAAACACCACAAUAUUUAUUUGGAAAAUAUUUAUCCGAAAGUCCGUCAUCAGUGCAAAUGAUAUUUGUAUUUAUCUGAUAUCCGAGCAUACGGUUCGGAUGCAAAACUUGAAGGAACUUAAUACAGUACCGUUAAUCACCAUGUAAACCUACAAAUAGAGAGCUUAAAGCCUUGGGCAAACUAGGAAACAUUGUUGCGGAGACAUUGUGAUUCACCAUGUUUCCUCAAGUGUUUCUGUGUUUGCCCACCCGUAGAAACAUUGUUGCAGAAACAAAAUUUACUUCCCGAGAAGCAGAAAUGUUUCCUAUCAAAUUCAGAAACAUUUCAUGUUUCCCAAAUGCGAUUUUUGUUUGCGUAAACAUUGUUUCCUAGUGUUUUUCCACUCUGGGAAAACAUGGCGAAACAUUGGCAGGAAGCAAUGUUUCCGCAACAAUGUUUCCUAGUUUGCCCAUGGCUUAAGUAAGCGACGUUUUUGACAACACGGACACGCGUACACAAUUUAGAUGUUCAUAAUGGCGUCAGCAGAUCUUGCAUCAAGGAUGGCAAUUAAUUAAGGAAUACCAAAAUGUUUUCCGUGCAGGAUAGCGUUGCUCGAGUUUCAACAAUUAACGAAUCAAAUUUCGUGUUUCACUGUAGUUAUUAUAUAAUGCAGCUUCAGUUCGGUGAUAAGAACCGCUGUUGCCAUCUGCAACGUCUGGGUUUACUUCCUUGGCGUUCGUGAAAAAAGUCGCUUGUCCUCUCUAAUUAGAACUUGUUCUCGUCCUGUUCAACUAUGCAUCAACUGAUGCAACUAUGAGCAGGGCGUUGAUGUCAUCUAACGUGAUAGAUUGACUAACCAGACAAACAAGUAGCAUCUUAUUAUUAGGUUAGCAGACUACAGUAGUAUUUUAAUAGUUUGUUAAAAACAAUUUCUUCUAUUUUUACUCCAGCAUUACCCAAGUCAGGCGUUGAAGGCACAUCGUUAGGAAGAACAAUCUACGUGGUUAUUGCAAUUGUUGCUGUGAUAUUACUGGGUUGUAUAACCGUUAUUGUGUAUUGGAAAGUCCAAAACUCGAAGGAAAAUGUUGAUAACUCUCCACCGAAUUCAACUGCACCGUUUGCUAAAUGCAGUUCCACUCAGCUCACUGAUGUCAGAGAAAAUACUUCAGUUCAAUCCUUUGUCUUGAACGAGGUAAGAUCACAACUGUUUAAUGUUUUCCAAGAGCAAAAACGUCUCGUGUGUACCGUAAGUAGUAUUCUAAAAUAAACUGUCGAGAUUUGAGGCAUCUCGAUUGAUACAACUCAUAGUAGAUGGUUUUUUGUAUAGAGGGAUAUUCGAACAUAUACAGGGUGUAUCAAAAUAAACGCAAUUCAUCUUUUGUGCUUAAUAACUUUCGAAAUACUAUUUCUAGUUAAACGCUUUUAGGCUUACUUCAAAGCCUGUUCUUUUCUCGUUCAAACAAACUAUUAUCCUUGUCUCCAAUGCUAGUAAUAAUUGCACAGGAAAAGAUUUAGUAAAACCUAUAAUUUUUAGUUGCUGUUUAAUUAUGCAAGUUUACUAUGUUAUUGUUUAGUCGGUUUAAAUGUUAGAAUUUUCUUCUUUAAUAAACUUUAAUGUUGUCGUCACUACAUCUGGAAAACCACGUAAGAACAAAUUAAAAGUAUUUUCAAAGAGACCAGGUUGUUUGAAAAUCCUAAACGAAUGCUAAAAAUCGUCAAAACAUUCUGGUGUCUGAGCCAGAAUGUCAUCGAAGUUGAUGUCAGUCAGCUUACAUGGUCCAAGCCAAAAUUAUAUCGCAUUUGAAGUUUCAAGCUGACUUAAAAAUAGUGGAAGAAAAGCCGUAAUUAUACUUAUUGUUACAAUCCAUUUAAUAAAAUGCAACAUUUUUUGUUUUAAUGAAAAAAUCAGUUAUUUUCAUGAGAACAAUUUGUUAUUCCAUCUCAAUUUUUUUAAUCUCCAAUCGCAAUAACGUAAAGUAUUAUUACCCGCGAACCAAUGAGUCAAAUUUAAGAAACAACCCACUGUUAGAAAGCUGAAUGGCUGCGCUUUAAAAUGAAUGUAAACUUUAACGUUUUCGUCUAUUAUUUGUUUAGCAAUUUACAUUUCAGUCGAGGAUUGCGCUUUUUUUGAUACACCCUGUAGACCUAAGGAAUAGUUGCAAAAAAUGCAACUACAUAUAAGAAUCGAUCGUGCGGCCCUACGAUUCUGGUGUAGGGACUAUUUGCAUUAUUCGAAACUGUCCCUGGUCUACUCUGGAGAUGCUUAAAAUUAACCAGGAAAAAACUCAAUCAAACCGUUGUCGUUUCUAGCGAAGUAUUUUCGUUGUUUCAAGCAAAGGCAUUCUGGAACUAAUUUCCAGACGAAGACUUUGCUCGAAAUAUCAACGUGUUCCUUCUUCCACCCCAGUUAAGGACUUUAUUUUUUAACUCAUUGUUCAAUCUUAUUUUCAGAAACUAACUCGUGGUCGAGUGAAAUACGUCAGUGUCAUAAGUGAAGGCAAUUUCUUCCGAGUGUUCAGGGGAGUACUCAUUAAUGAUCAAGAUAAACCCGACAUGGAUAUAGUUAUAAAAACUUUGUUCGAAGAUUCAAGUGCCAUACAGAAAGAUAUAUUUCGUAGAGAGACAAGUUUACUGUGUCCACUACAACAUAUGAAUAUACUGGGUCUGCUCGGAAUAUCUCCUGGAGAGGGAACAGAAUUUGUUGUGUUUGAAUAUCUCAGUGAAGUUAAUCUCAAUCAGUUUCUGAAACAAGCUCAGAACAAUGGGAAAAAUCCAUCAACGGACAUUCUUCUCAACAUUGCAAGUCAAAUUGCAAACGGAAUGAAAUAUUUAUCAGAAUUUAAUUACGUGCACGGUGAUCUUGCUGCGAGGAACUGUUUAAUUGCAGAUGAAGGUGGCGACUUGACUGUGAAGAUUUCCUUGCUGGGGAUAGGCAGUCAGAAAUAUCCCUCAGAUUAUGAUUGGCUGCAUCAAGAGAAUACAUUAUUUCCCAUACGGUGGAUGUCGCCUGAAGCACUGGAGUCGUUUCUGUUGACCAGUGAGAAUGAUGUGUGGUCAUUCGGAGUGUUAUUAUGGGAGAUAUUCUCUCACGGCGUCGAACCGUACCAGCAAUACAGUAAUGCGGAAGUGACGGACAAGAUCCGAGCCCUCGAACUCUUACAAUGCCCAGCGUAUUGGCCACAGAGCGUCAGAAAUUUGAUGAACAAUUGCUGGACCGUCGCACCAUCGUCGCGACCGAAUUUUGUGACAAUUUAUGACGUACUAAACCACCUUUUGACUGAUGACGUCAUACAGGAAGUGCGAGUAUGAUAUGUAGUGAGAAAUUGCACUUCGAACGCAUGGCAAUGUAUUCAGAGAUGUUGAUUGUGUAGAUAAAAUUCUGUUUGCGGCUGCUCUUCAUUUUUUAUUAGUAAAACAACUUGGGAAAAUGUUUCUUCAACAUUCCAUUAACCCAUACAUAUAAGAAGCUAGAAGAUUAGUUUCAGCACCAAUCUUUAUCAGAAUCAAUUUAGCCUUGAUAUUCUGAUCAUAAGAACCAAUUCACCCCGGGCUGGAAAACUUUACGCGGGAAUUUACUGUAGCCGAAUUUCAAAUGUCUUUGAAGAAGAAUAAAUUACAAAUGCAAUCUUAGUAUUCAGUUCGAUGCUCAUAGAUAACACUGGGUCGUAAUUUGAAUGAAAUCAGCUGCCAAGCGUAUUGUAAAAUUGUUAAUCUUCUGCCUCUGAAUACAUUUCUAUAUUUCAAGAAUAUAAAUUUAACUUAUAGUCCACGCACCAUACAAUAUAUAGAAAUCGCACCUGUAAAUAUUUCUUGUACUCUUACGUUAUUUUCGUACGUUAUUUUGUACGCUUUUUCAAUAAAUGAACACUAUAAGUGAAGUAAAGUGAUAAACUAUAUUCAUUGUCCAUUUAGUUUGGUUUUUACUGUGAGCAUUGUUUGCCAUUGUACACACAUAUAUCUCCAACUUCAUUCUUUCCUUUCUUUUGAACAUAAGCGUACGAGACGGGGGGCAGGGAGGUGGGGCUGCAGCCCUCGGAAAAAUUCUUGUGGCAACCUGAGUUGGGUAAAAAGAUGAAAUAAAAAAAAGAAGAAAUAUGAAUAUAAAGAAAUAUGUAAGAUAAUAGUCAAAUGCAAGAAAUAUGUAAGUUUCCAAAAAUGUUAUUCCCCUCGGGAAGUUUACACGAAUUCCGGGAAAUUUGGUAAGUUGGGCAUUUUUUUCCGUCCCGCGCGUCUAUGCUUCUAUUACUACUGAAUUUUAUGAAUUUUAUGAAAUCUAGUCAAUUGCACAGUUGAUUAAGAUUAACUGUAACCAGUCACGAUUCAGAAUAACACUGUGUUCGCGGAAAUUUUGACUUGACUUUUGACUUUUCUACAAAGGGUUGUUUUGGCUUCUUUGGUAAAUUUUGGCUAAAGAUUUUUGCUGAAGCAUCUUACUUCGCUGAGGUCUUCAAUGACUUCCAAAUGUACGGCUCGUGUAUAGUAAAUAGGCACAUGUAAAUCGUUUUCUCUUUGUUGGUGUUUUCACGAAGAGUGCGUCUGUAUAAAGUCUGCGCCAGAUAACGGGGUUGAGCAGUUGAACACGCCAUGUUGCUAAACGGGGCUGGAUAUGGUAUGGGUUGAAGGGAUUUCCACUUUCGGUUGGCUUAUUUUCUUGCACUUUUGCUGAUUAGUUAUGUAAUUGUUGGUGUCGAGGGCCUCCAUGCAGUCAAUUUUUCAGUAACAGCAACCAAACCUUAAU